AUGAAUAACCGAAAGGUGUUUAUUCCAUUGAGUUUAUUGUCUCUUCUCUCUCUUAUAGCAGAUUGCUCUGCACAAGACCAUGUUGCUGUCUCUGGCUCAGCUGGGGGGAGAGCAGUUCUGCCCUGUUCUUACACCCCCUCCCCUGGGCAGGAUGUAGCAGUCACAUGGCAUACAUAUCCAGAUCAGAAUUCAGUUCUAUUAAUUGACUCAAAGACCUCAGCACCCAUCCCUGCACAGUGGAGCGGCCGAGUGAAGCUGUCUGAUGAAGUCUCCUCUGGAAACGCCUCUCUGCUAAUCUCUGAGCUCAGACUGGGGGACACUCGGGAUUACCCGUGUACAGUGGAGAUCAAUGGGAAAUGUGUCACUUACAGGAAUGUUAAACUGACAGUUCAAGAACCUCCAAAGAGAGAUUCAACUACUUCAAGAACAACAACGACCACAACCCCGACAACUAGACCAUCAACAACCCCGACAACUAGACCAUCAGCAACCACGACAACUAGACCAUCAGCAACCACGACAACUAGACCAUCAGCAACCACGACAACUAGACCAUCAGCAACCCCGACAACUAGACCAUCAGCAGCUCCCGCUAUCCUCUCUGCAGUAGCCGUCUCUGCUGUCAUCGGCAUCAUAGGUGCUGCAGUCUUUGUCAUUUUAAAGUACAAAAGGAGAGCAGCAAAUGCUAAUGGGAAUAACCAGAAUGCUGGAGAUCAGAAUGCGAGCUCAGACUUGGUUUCCUACGCUGUAAUCGAUCACACGAGACAGCUGGGAGGAGCCCCAGUCCGGUCAGGGGUCAGUGCUGUGGACAAUACAGAGUACGCCACUGUCCGGAUCCACUGAUAGGACACGUCUCAUCCAGCCACCAGGGAUACAAGACAGCUUCAAUAACAAGAUGAACCAAGGACUUGACUAACAUUGAUUUACUGCAGCGCUUCAAUGAAUCAUACCAACUCUGAUGAGAACAAUAAACACAGCUAGCCACUAACAAGCAACUACCUGACAUUCUUAAUUCAAUCUUAACCAUUUCACUGCCACUGCUAAUAGAAUGCUGUGGCCAUAUUAGAAAAGCAUUUCCUCCUAUUUUUGGAAAGUAUAAAAUUCCAUGUUAAAAGGGUUUUAAAUCUUACCUGUUCGUUCGCUAUGCAGGUCGCAUGUGUAGUUUUGAAAGAAGCACAUGUUAUAUAACAAGCUUGCUUUUUCCUUUUUAAAAAUGUUAUCAUACUGGUACCAUACAGUAGUGUGCAAAUGUAUUAGAAAACCUCAAGAUUUGUAAUUGAUAUCCUUUAUAUACCUACCUGCAUGAAAACCUGGGGGUGAGAAUUUCAAUUUUCAAUCAGUGAUAUAGAAACAAUAGACACUCAUGUGUGAAAAUGUUAGACCACUUUGUGCUUCAAUUAGGCAUCAUAAACAACUUCUAAAAAGUGUCACGCAUUUUAUCAUUUGUGGCUUUGUGUUCUUUUUCUCUUACUAUUUAAUAAAUUGCAUGUGUGGCCUAUUAAAGGCAUCAAUUAAAUAAGACAAUCACUGUCCGUUUUGACAAUUUCCAGUGGUUUGAUUUCCUAUGCACAACAAAUGAACACAGCAGAAGCAAUGGGGUGUUGUAAUCCAGGUGCACACUGCUGUACUAGUUUGCAUGCCUUACUUUGAUAACACACACACCAGUCCCAAGCUGAGCUCCUGCAGGUGGUGUGAUCCCAGCCUCAAAGAGAAGCCAGUCCUCCUCAUUGCAGUGUUCAUCCACAUUGUUAACGAUAGCCUUUACAGCAGGAGAUCGCUCACCAGCAGAGAUGCGUCAUGAAAGAGGCCACAGGGCCUCUUGCUUCAUUACUGCAAGCCCUUGAAUGCAUGCACGUGUAGCAGGGAGGGAGUAGGGGGGGGUUAGGUAAGCAGUUGAAUUCAGGUCCCGAGCCUCGCUUCCUUUUGCACCUGCUCCGAGAGAGGCUGCUGGGUGUAAAACUUGACCGCUCUGCUGGAUUGGAGAGUAAAGCAAUACUUCCACAUUCAAACUCAUUUGAUUAGAUUGUAUAGGCCUGUGUUCAUUUAUUUCACUUUGAACAAACACUUGUGCUUGCUAAGGUUUGCUAGCUGUCUUCUCUCAUCCUUGUGGCAGCUGUGAUGUACCUUUAAUGCUUAUCCCAUCAGACCAUGUGGAAUAUUAAUAAACAUAGCCAUCGCUGCUUUG